GUUGCUCAUAAUUGUCAAUCAAAAACGACUUUAAAAUAAUGUCAUCAAAGACAAGCGAUAAAACCCAAAAAACGCCCAAAAAUAGCAAACUUUCAGAUGAAGCCGUUAACAGUCAGAAUGAAGCCCACAUCGGAGAAUCCCUGGAAAAUCCCCCCGAUAUGCGAACUAUUGUUAUCACCAUCAACGAAUUUCGAAAAAUUAUGCCGCUCUUCCCCAUAUCAGACAUAAAAGCAAGUUUAAAAUAUCUGGAAGUAGAUAUUGGGGAAACUCAACCAGUUCCAGUUACUGACGAUGAAAACAUUCCAGUGUUGGACACGUUUGAAAUCAACGUAGAUAUGAAUUCGCCCAAACAGUUGGAUCAGUUAUCAUCCAAUCCGAUUUUCGUAUCGGUCAUACAAUCAUCAGGGUCUUUAGAUCCGGCUCUAUAUGAGCAACUGCAAGAGGCCAAAGAAGCGAAAGAUGCCAUCGCAGUUGAGGAAGUUGACAGUUUGUUUAGCUUGUAUGAAGCGUUCACUGGGGAAAAACCUGCGGUUCAAAUCGAGGAGCGAAAGAAGAAAAAGAAAGAUAAAAAGGUGAAACCUGAAAAAAGUGACCGAGAUAAAAGCAAGUCCCGAUCGAAAUCCGCUACCAGCAGAGUUUCCGAUAAAUCCAAGCCUUCGAGAACCUCGAAAGCAUCCACAAAAGCUGAUAGUAAAAGCAAAUCGGAAGCUAUCGCUAUAAAGUCAGAGAUCUACGGAAUGUGCGUGAUCGAUCUGAUCCCACUAUUUUAUUCCGAAGUUUCUUUCUCGGAAACUUUGCUUCUUCAGCCAGUCAAACAAACCUGCCACAUGCUAAGUGCAUGUAAAAACUUCCCGGAAGCAACAGUUACAGUUGAAAUCAAAGACAAAGCCCCUCUACUAGUCGAUAUCAAAAACAUUCUCAACUUCACGGUGGAAUCAAUUUGCAAUGUUCCUGCGCUGAUGGGGCCGGAGAUGGAUUGCAAAAUUUGCGCUAUUCUGCCUCUUCAGAACAACGAAGCGUAUCCGGUGAUUGUUUCCAAUCCGAAAGUCACAAACGCAACACCACCAAGCAGGCUCCCCAAAAGAUGGCCAGGAGUCCAAGACAUUGGAUACAACGCAAAUACCACCAAAUAUUUCAUAGAGAACGACUUUAAAGAAGUAACAAAUAAGGCAAAGUUGAACAUUGAAGACGGCUUCAGAGAAGGAGCCCCACGCUUGGAGUACAACUACUUGAAGAGAAACAUCCUGUUCAGAAACAGCAACAAUCAUUUUGCUGCUCAUAUAAUUACUCAUCGGAGGCUUGUGCUCGAGCUGUUUGUUACUCCAAGAACUAAAAAGCAGAAAGCUCUAGAUGAUGAUGACAAUGAGGAAAGUCACUCCAGGAACAAACCCGCCAAACUGCCCCCCUAUCUUCACUUAAUGGCAGUUCUGGAUGUUGUAGCUCUUCUCUAUCCUGGCGUUUCCAAAGUCAGGGUGGCCGCUCCGGUGAAAACUUUCACCUUUGAGGAAGCCGCCAACUUCGGCUUGACUGAUUCAUAUUUCAUGCCCAAACCGAAAUCGGACCUUGGAACAAGCAAAACGUCCAAAACCAAACUGGAUACCAUGAAAAAGAAGAAAGGCGAAAAAAAGGAAAAGGCGUCCAAAAAAGAUAAAAGUUCUGCUGAAAAGCAAGAUAAGAAUUUGGCCAAUCAACUGCCGCCCAAACCAGAAGAUCCUCCUGCUCCAGAGCCGAGCGUUCAAGUCUACAACGAGGAAGGAAACCCGUGUUUUAUACUAGUGGAAAUUGAACUUCUCAAACCCUUCAAGCCGAAAAGAAACAUUGAGGAGCUACAAGCGGACCUUCACGAACUUCAAACGAAGGCGAUGCAAACCUCCAAAACUAUUCUCAAUAGAAACGUGGCAGAUGAGCUGUACCAGCAGACCAUAAGGGAAAUCAUUGCCGACUUGAAUAGAAACUGGAUAGAAUUCAGUGAAAGUAUGAGUGCAACUGCAAGGCCGAAUUUCGAAAACUUCAUGGAAUAUCUGGAGAAAAAUGGUGUCUACCAGGCCUACUUGGGCUCUAUUACCAAUUCAGCUGCUCUUCUGAUCUCAAACAAGUACAGCUGCGAAGAAAGCGACUUCAGGAACAACAAAAAGUACCAGAAUCUGAUAUCGGAAGUUUUCUGCGACCUCACCUCCCAAAUGCACAGCAUUUUAAACAACUUAGUGUGUACAGGGAUGAAGCCAGUAGAACCGCAAAAUCUACUGCCUGAAGACGAAAGUUUCUUCAAUGCCAAGGAAGCCACCGAAUUAAAGCUAUUCGACAAAGCCGACCGAUAUUUUCUGGAGCGCAUUUGCCUUGUUCGAGCUCCAGAUCUCUGGAUUGACUAUGCAAUCUACAACUUGGAAGUGAAGAACACUGAAAAGGCCUUCGAGUGCCUCAAAGAAGCCAUAGCAAUCGACUGCAAGCAUAAAUAUGCCCUACUUUGUUUUGGUGCCUUAAUGGCCGAUAAAGAGCAAAUCCAAGAAGCCGAAACCUGCUUCUUAAAUUUGAUGAUUCUGGAGUCCAAAUGGGCGGAGGGCUGGUGCGUUUUAUACCUGUUUUACCAAAAGUGCGGAAGAGUGGAAGGAAUGGAAAUGGCAAUGGAUAUGGCCAGGAAGUCAUCAGAACAUAUUGUGUCGCGCGAUUACAUCACUUCUUUUGAAGACUUAGCUUGGAGCGGCCAAAAUGUUCCAAAAACCGUGUUUUUCAAAACCGCCAUGCUUCUAUUGAAGCUCAGGCUGCUUUCGUGGGCCGAGCUGGCCUUGGCCGAAGAAGUGCUCAUUCCGAAGCAUUACCCAUAUGUUAAUUACUUGCUGGCAAUUGCAAGUUAUUAUAGGGAGGACUAUGAUCAUGCUUUGGAACAUAUAGAAGAAGCUAAAGAGUCGCUGGGUGUUGAUUUUGCGUUAAUGUCUUUGUCAGCCCAUGCAAAUUUCGGAAAGGGAAAUUUGGAAAAAGCGAAAACUCAAUACUUCCAUGUCAUCGAAUCUUUCGAUCGGCCGGAGGACAUUCAUUUGGUCUACCUAAAGUGCGCUGAUGUGCUUAGCAAAUUAGGCGAAGAUCAGCUAGCGAGAAAAUUGCUCCUCACCGCCUGCAAAUACCAUCAAACGCCGCACGUUUGGUUCAUGGUAGGAAAAUUGUACUUCCAGCAAAACGACGUAUUUAGUGCUGAAGAGUGCUUGAAUGAGGCCAACAUAAAAGACAACAGACAUGCUGAAGUGUGGGGCUACUUGACUUUGAUCAAUCUCAAACUCAAUCGGCUGCACGAGGCAGAACAAUGCUACCAACAAAGCAUGAAGAGCAAACUGGAUGAUGCUUAUUUAAUUGAUGGAAUUACGGCCGAGUUCAUCAAAGCCAAUAGUAUUUGAACAUCAAAUUUAUGUAUAUCUACCUAAAGGUGAUUGGUUCCACAAUAAAGUUGAGAACAUACAUAAA